AUGCAGGUCUGGAGCGCCGAGAUUCCAACACAGCAAGAUGAGUCGUCCGAAUCCAGCGAUAAUCGCGACAGUUUGGCUCCCAGCACCCCCAGUGUUAGCUUCAAGUCUCGAUCGCCAUCGAGCGCCUCGGAUGUAGCUUGGACGCCUGUUCAUGACGAUGGAAUGUCGUUAGGGCCCGAGAAGUUACUCGCCUCGCCAACCAGUCUACGCACCAUCUCCGAUGCGCUCCGCACUGUGAGCAAUGUCGAGCAGUUCGCGGUAAUACAUAUGCCCUUCAUGUGGGGUCCCAGCUUUAUUCCAAGUGGUCAAAAGGCCAUUUAUACCAUUCUCUCCAUGUCUGGCCCGACAUUAACCGAGGGGUACCUUGCAUUUCUGGGCUUGAUGACGCGCUAUCAGAGAUCCCUGGUAAUGCGACAAGAUGAACCCGAUAUGUCAAAGGCCGCCGUAGGCCUACAACGCUUACGAAGCGUCACCAUCUCGCAUGAUUACGAUGCGGCCUGCGCCCUCUUCCUGGGGCAGACCAUGUACGUUUUUAACGUACUCACCGCCCCCUAUUCCUCCUCUGCCCACUCCAUUGUGCGGAGCGCGCUCAUGUCAACAAAACAAUGGCUACCACGAUUGAUCCAAUUUCCCAUCAUGGACACGAUCACGAUGACACCGAUCCUGAUUGAUACGGUCGAAUGUCUAGCACAUCGCGAGGUUCCCAUUAUGCGACUGCCGCUAGACACCGGUCGCAUCAUCAUUGAUCGCUAUGCUGGUCUAUGCGCGACACUCCUUACUCACCUAUAUGAUAUCUGCGCAUGGAGCCAUACACAAAAGCGAGAAGUCCGCGAUACGGCGUCUGAUUCGCCAUCGCAGGCUUAUGAACAGCUCGCAGAGAUUGAAGAACGCAUACAACAGUGGAGACCUCCCACGCCACCUCAUUUGUACACGGAUUUUGGGCAAAAUGAGGUCCUAGCGAUGGUCACACAAGCAAACACUUAUCGAUUAGCAGCUCUAUUAGUGAUUCAUCGGUUGCGAUACCCCCUUGGAGUUGAAGAUGCAGCAGCACAUUUCCUUGCGAACAGCAUAUUUUCUGAAUUGUCAUAUUUUGUGAAGAACGAUGCGAUGAAGUCGACGGCCUUGCCCAUCGUCUUUCCCAUAACGCUAGCAAUGUUUGAACUGGAAGGCCCAGGUGAAGAGUUGCUAGAGAAGUUAGCUGCCUUUACGGUGCAGAAUAUGAGUGCAGUCAGGCUUCGAGGGUUCGUGAACCAGGUCCGAACAGCGCGACAGUCGGGUUAUGGGGGUAUUUGGUUUGAAUUGGUCGAUAGUCAACUGCAUGUGGCAAUGCCCCCUUAA